AGCUUGUGUUACUUUAACACCAGAACAUCACUGUAGAUUCAUCACAUUCUAGCAACGCAAUCAACACCCUCAUCAGUCACCAGUCACCAGCAGCAAGUAAUGAAUAUGGACAAAAAUAAGAUCCUACAACACUGCCUGCUUCUGGGAGUUUUUGGCAGUGCUGUGUGUACUGAUGGGUGGAAGGUCAGUGUGGUAGAAAGCCUCGACGCCCUGGUUUCAUCCUGUGUUGUGCUGCCCUGUACUUUUAGUCACCCUCAUGAAAACCUGCCCACAUCUAAACUCAGAGGAAAAUGGCAUGUGACUAGUGACAGAGACCAGCUCAUCUACUAUGAGGACAGCACAAGGGUCUUGGAAAACUUUAGGGGUCGUACAAAAUUGUUGGGGAAAUUGGGAGAUGGCAACUGCACCUUAGAAAUGAUUGAAGUUAAAGAGCAUGACAGUGGACCCUUCUGUUUCCGGAUUGAAAUAGCACGAACGCCAACUGACACGUCCACCCCUGACAAAUUCUCCUUCGUCAAAAACUGUGUUACGUUAAACAUGAUACAUGAGCCUCCAAAACCCUCACUGGCACACAAGAUCCCUGUGGAAGGAUAUCCUUUUACCAUCACCUGUUCAGUGACACAUACCUGCCCCUCACACAUACCGAAACUCACAUGGAGUCGAGGCUCUGAAAAUGAGAUCACUGAGCAUCACAGGAAACUCCAGCUGGGGAUGUGGGAGACCCAGUCCAUUCUGACAUUCAUCCCUAAAGAAGACGACGACCACAAGGAUGUCACCUGCACUGCUGAGUUUAACGGACAGAGGACAUCAGAGGAAACGAUGACACUCUUUGUCAAACGUGCAGUAAACUAUAACCACAUCAUCAUUCCGACAGUCGUGGCCAUUAUCACUGCUGGGAUCUUUGGAGGUCUCUGUAUUUUCAUGAUGAAAAAAUACAAGAAACGUAUUAACGAGCUGCAAAGUCAAGACGGCACCAUGUGGAACAGGAUGUCCAGGAUCUCCCGCAGGUUUCGCUCUAAUGCUCCGACACCAAGACAUGCCAAUCAAAAGUCAAGCAACUAUGUCGAGGAGAACGUCAGCAAACCUCGUUUCCCAUCUCCCAAAAGCCAGCCAAAGUCCUACAGUUACAAACAGGACAUGGACAACGAUGACUACAUGAACACUGCUGAUGGCAACAUCUACGGAAACAUAUGACAGAAAUAACCUUCAACUAAAAGAAUUUAUGACAAUUCUAACACAUAUGGAAUAAAGAUGGAUUAAGCGUAUUUGAUGAUUGCAGCUCUGUUAUGCACAACUCUUUGGCAGCACUUUCUCCAUCAUUAAAAAUAUCCUUAUAACGCUGAUGAUUAAAAUCUGUUGUAAAAGUACAUUAAAUGCAUUUUAAAGAUAUCGUGUUCCUUACGUAUGCUGAAUACCAUUUUCAUGUCAUAUACUACCGCUGUAAGGAUUUAAGCAAGAAAUUGUCUUAUAAGCACUUGUUGUGGCAUCAGUAUGCUAUGUUAUGUAUGUUUAUCAUGGAUUUCUAUUUUUCUGUAUCCUGUGUAUGUGUAACAUUUAACUUGUGUGUUAAAUAUUAUGGUUAAUGCAAGAGACUAAUUAAUUGCUCUUUCACUUUAAUAAAAAAAUAUUUGCUUGUUUAUAUUCAACUAAUAUUGUUGGCAAUAUAUAAAAGCUUAA